AUGCCAUUUUUCAGCCCGUUCCGGAAACACGACCAAACAACCUUCCAUGGUGUCGUCAUUCCUAUUAGCAGUGCCCCAUCGCAUGCGCGCCCAGAAAGCCCAGCCCUGGAAACGAAGGGAAGUCCAAAUGUGAAACCGGAUGAUUCCAGCCUGGACAAGGCUCCUUCUCAGGAGAACGGCUCUGCCGCUUCCAUCCAUGAGCGCAGCCAUCUGACUAUUGAAUCUCUCCGUGCUGAGGUUGAGUCUGAUGUUGCUGCUUCAGGGCAUGAUACCGCUUAUGACCGCAAAUCCAAGGUCAUUAACCGAGCAAUUCAGGAUAUCGGCAUGGGUCGGUAUCAAUGGGAAUUGUUCUGUCUUUGUGGGUUCGGUUGGUUGGCAGACAACCUUUGGCUACAGGGAGUUGCCCUUACAUUAACACCGGUCGCCUCUGAAUUUGGCAUUUCUUCCACUCGGGUUCGUUUCACAACCUGCGCCUUGUUCGUAGGGCUCUGCCUGGGUGCAUCCUUCUGGGGUGUCGCAUCAGAUAUCAUCGGACGUCGACCGGCCUUCAACCUGACCCUCUUUAUUUGUGGUGCUUUUGGUUUGGCCGCUGGUGGUAGUCCCACGUGGAUUGGUGUCUGUGCUUUGUUCGCCUGCCUGGGCCUCGGUGUCGGCGGUAAUCUGCCUGUUGAUGGAGCUCUUUUCUUGGAAUUCCUGCCUUUUGCUUCCGGAAAUCUCCUGACCAUGCUGAGUGUAUGGUGGCCUGUUGGUCAACUUAUCGCUAGUCUUAUUGCCUGGGGCUUCAUUCCCACUUAUAGCUGCGCGGAUGACCUUCCCUCGUGCAACGCAGUCGGUGAUGGAGUCGCCUGCUGCGGAAAGGACAACAACAUGGGCUGGAGAUACUUCGUGCUCACUAUGGGCUCCUUGACUAUUGUCAUGUUCAUCUGCCGCUUCUUCCUCUUCCAUCUCUAUGAGUCCCCCAAGUUCUUGCUCGCCCGUGGUCGCCAGGAUGAAGCCGUUGCUGCAGUCCACGGGAUUGCCUACAAGAACAAGGCCAAGACCUGGCUCACCGUGGACAUUCUCAAUGAGAUUGGCGGCUAUCCCGAGGAGAGCGUCCCCCAAACGCUCAGCAACAAGGAAAUCGUCGAGAGAUACCUGUCCAAGUUCUCUCUGCAGCGCGUCCGCCCCCUGUUCGCAACCAAGAAACUCGGCUUCACCACGGUCAUCCUCUGGUUCUGCUGGACCACCAUCGGAAUGGGCUACCCCCUCUUCAACGCGUUCCUGCCCCAGUACAUCAAGAACGCCGGCGGCUCCACCGAGGCCUCCACCUACAUCACCUACCGCAACUACGCCAUCACCUCCAUCGUCGGCGUGCCAGGCUCCAUCCUAGCCUGCUACACCGUCGACAUCAAGUACAUCGGCCGCAAAGGCACAAUGGUCAUCUCGACCCUCAUCACCGGCGUCCUCCUCUUCUGCUUCACCGCCUCCACCGACCCCAACGUCCAGCUCGUCUGCACCUGCCUCGAGGCCUUCUUCCAGAACAUCAUGUACGGUGUCCUCUACGCCUACACGCCCGAGGUCUUCCCCGCCCCCAGCCGCGGCACGGGAACGGGUAUCUCGAGCUGUCUGAACCGCAUUGCUGGACUGUGUGCGCCCCUCGUCGCCAUCUACGGCGGGGGCUCGAACCCCAACUCCCCCAUCUACGCCGCUGGAGGACUCAUCCUUGCGUCCUUUGUCGCAAUGUGCUGUCUUCCUAUCGAGACGAUGGGGAAGCAAUCGCUGUGA